CAUGAAUAAGAGAAUUCGAUCCAAUGUUUUACAGUAUUAGAUAUUGUAGUUUGUAGCUGUUGAUGGGACAUAAGCUCUCGGAAGAGUGUAUAGUUUACAACUCAUCGUAAAUGCAAUACGAAUAUUAUUAAAAUCGUUGUCGAAAAUGGAAGUAAAAAGAAAGUAUCGAAAAUUGAAAUGUGCAAGUCAGGCAGAAAUUCUACGAUCAUAUCAGAGGGAUGAUGAUUUUGUGAAAUGCUUGCGAGAAAAAGUUAUUGAUCUUUUACAAAUUGUGGGAAGGCAAACGGGUACUCUACCUUUCGUUCAGUCGGAUGUACCGUUCAAGUUGAUUUACUUCUUUUUCACAUCGGGUAUGGGAAAUCAGACAUUAGGUGAAGAAUAUACAGGGAUUGUACAAGCAGAUUUAGAAGCUCGCAAAGUUCCAUCCUUAUUUGCAAGACUAGUAUCAGUCAUUUUAGAAUGUUUUGGAGAAAAAGUAUUGUUAAAGAUAUUAAAGAGAUUACAAUUAUCAAUCAAUCAUCCUCAUAGUGAACUGACACCAACAGCUGUGGCCUUUUUAAAUACAUUUAUAUCAAAUUUAUGUAAUCUGAUACCUGUCUUUAUAUUAAUUCAUAAAGGACUGUUUUAUAUGUUUGGUCGGUAUUAUAGUAUAGGGAAAAGAUUAACAGGGAUUGAUUAUGCCAAGGUGUAUGGACAUCGUCCAACUGAUAGUAUAAGUUGGGGAUUAAGAUUGUUGGGAGUUGCUACACUUACUCAAUGCAUAUUAAAAAUCUGGCAGAAUAAUAAUAAUGGAAAUUAUAAUUACAAAUAUGUAGCACUUGAAGAGAAGCACACAAUCUGUCAGUUGUGCCUUGAAAAAGAACCAACAACCACCACUCCCUGUGGUCAUUUGUUUUGUUGGUCUUGUCUUACAGAUUGGUUAAACUCUAAACCACAAUGUCCCCUGUGCAGAGAGUAUGUUAUGUCAUCCAGAAUUGUAUACGUGUUGAAUUUAUGACUUUUUAAAAAUGUAAUUACUUCUUCCAUACUCACAUAAUUAAUGA